AUGCGGGUUCUUUUUUGGAAUAUCAAUGGUGUUGCGCGUACAUCAGCACAUUCUAAGCUUAGGGAGAUGAUUAGAGAUUUCCAUCCUGAAGUUUUUGGUCUUGCUGAACCAAAAGUGGCGUGCUCAGCAAAUUUUGGGAGGAGGCUAAUUUCUGAAGGUUAUUCUUCGUUUAUUAUUAAUAAUUCUGGUAUUGCAAAUCUUUGGGUUUGUUAUAUGGAUGGGCUUCAUGUUUCUGUAGUUAAUUCUAGUAAACAAGCUAUUACAAUUGCAGCUGAUGGUGUGUAUAUCUCUUUUGUCCAUGCUAGCUACAUUCAAACUACUAGGCGCAGGCUUUGGCAGCAACUAGUUAUGCAAGAUUCAAUUACACCUUGGCUGGUCAUAGGUGAUUUUAAUUGUAUUUUGCAUUUGAAUGAGAAGAAAGGUGGCUUGGAAAUAAGAUCGUCUGUCAUUGAUGAUUUCAGUGAUUGGAUGGAUGACAAUAAUCUUUUUGAAUCGGAUUCCUUGGGCAGCAAAUUCACUUGGUGUAAUAGGCAAUCUGGUACUAGUCGUAUUAUUAGUAAGUUGGAUCGUGCAAUUAUUAAUGCGGCUUGGCUUGCUAAAUUUGAGAAUUGGCGGCCUUGUAGAGCUCUUUUUCGUGUUCAAAAGAUGUGGUUUUUACAUGGGGAUUUUCUUCGGAUGGUCAAUGAGAGUUGGACUUUGUCUGUUCAUGGUUCUCCUGAUUUUAUUUUCCCUUAUAAAUUGAAGCGGCUGAAGUUUGCAAUGACGGAUUGGAAUCUGAGGAUUUUUGGUAAUGUGAAUUCUCGUUUGAAGCAAGACCAACUUCAUUUUGAGACAACAGCUCUUAUUACAGAUGAGGAUCCUAGUAAUAUUGCUAAUCUAAAUGCAAUGAAGGAUGCUAUGAAAACUUUAUGUGAUACUCGUUUGCAACAGUUAAUUAUGCUCAAGCAAAAGUCUAGGAACAAAUGGUUGCUUCAUAAUCAUGUAGUUCAGUUCUAUGAAGAUAAGUUCAAUGGCCAAGAUCCGGUGAUAGAAGGUGAUUUAUUUGAUUUUGAGCAUGCUUCAAUUUCUGUUGAGGAGAGCAACGCCAUGGAUAUGAUUCCUUCUCCGGAAGAAAUUAAGCAAGCUGUUUUUGAUCUGAGUGCGGAUAGUGCCCCAGGAUCGGAUGGUUUCUCUGGUUGUUUCUAUCGUCAUUGUUGGGAUAUUAUUCAUGAUGAUUUAACCAAGGCCAUUAUUAAUUGUUGGAAUGCCGGUAGUAUUCCAAAUGGUGUUAAUUCAUCUUUUAUCAUCUUGCUGGCUAAGUCUGCUAGAAUUUCUGUCAUUUUGAAUGGUAGUCCAGAAGGUUACUUCAAAAUUAACAGAGGUUUGCGUCAAGGUAAUUCCAAAAGUCUUCAUAAUCUUGUAGACUUGUUGGGAAGUUAUCAGCGUGAUUCAGGUCAGACUGUUUGUCGUCAAAAGAGUAAGAUUUAUUAUGGUGGUGGUUCUUCGAGUUGGUGUAAUUAUAUUGUAUCUUAUUUGGGGAUGAGUGUAUCUACUUUUCCGGACCGCUAUUUGGGAGUUCAAAUUAUGCCAGGUAUUGUUCGAUAUCGCCAUAUUAGCAAUGUUGUUGAAAAAUUUAAAAAUCAGCUUGCUGGUUGGAGAGGGAGGUUAUUAUCUUUCCAUGAUCGCAUUGUUCUUGUUAAAUCAGUUAUUUCCAGUUAUUACAUUCAUAAUAUGGCUAUUUAUAAGUGGCCUCGUAAGUUUAUUCUUCAAUGUGAGAGGGAUAUCCGUAACUUUAUUUGGUCUGGUGAUUCGAACAUUAGUCGUGUAGUGGUAGUGGCUUUUGAUAAAAUCUGUUUCCCUUUUGAGGAGGGGGGUCUCGGACUAACUCGUAUGGCCACUAUGAACAAAGCUCUUAUUAUGAAACUUUGGUGGAAGAUUCUUAAUUCUACAAAGAAGUGGGCUCUUUUCCUGAAGGCAAAAUUAUUUGAUCGUAAGGGUUGUAUUAAGCAUUCGGGGGUUAAAUCUUCUAUUUUGCCUGGUUUAAGGAGUGUGUAUAAUUGUGUGGAAAAGAAUACUAAGGUCUUAAUUGGUGAUGGUAGAUAUACUUCUCUUUAUUAUGACAUUUGGUUUGAUAAGACUAGUAUUGCUGAAGUGCUAAAUGAUUAUUCUCUCGAUGCAACAACUAGAGUAAGUGAUAUUUUAAAGGAUGGCCUUUGGGAUAUUCCUGAAAUUCACUUGCAAUACUUGAUUGCUGCUGGUCUAGAGUUGAAUAGGAUUCCAAUUCCUAUGGGUGGAGCUGAUGUUAGGGUAUGGAUGCCGGAGUUGAAGGGUGAGUUCAGUGUUAAGUCUGCAACUGAGUUGCUUCGGCAGAAGUAUUCUCGGUUAGAAGGUACGCAGCUUCUGUGGAGAAAAGAAGUUCAUCCUGUUCUUGCUGCUCAGAACUGGAAAUUCUUACGUGGAGCUUGUGCUACGUAUGACUGA